AUGAAUAUUUCCAAGUAUAUUCUUCUUUUGCUAUUUGCAGCAACCUUUGCUAGGAGUCGAGCACAGUUAGAAGGGUUGCCAAGCUUAAAGCAACGGAACUUCUUGGUUUCACCAAGUGGAACCUUUUCUAGUGGAUUUUACAAAGUUGGCGCCAAUGCCUCCUGUUAUGCAAUUUGGUUCACCAAUACUGUCAAUAAAACAGUUGUCUGGAUGGCUAACCGAGAUAAUCCUGUCAACAAAAGAGGCUCGAAGCUAACCCUCCAUGGAAAUGGCAACCUGGUUUUGACUGAUGCACAAGCGGUACAAGAUUGCAUUAGGCACCGCAAAUGGGUACUCCACUGUGAUGUAAAGUCUCAAAAUAUACUGUUAGACAACUAUCUUGAACCUAAGGUGGCAGAUUUUGGCAUGUCUAAGUUGUUCAAAGACAUUCAUGAUGAAGGAGUUGGAUUUUCGAAAGUUCGUGGCACCAGAGGUUAUAUAUAUGGCUCCAGAGUGGAUGGUGAAUCUGAAAAUUGA